AUGGAGAGUCAAUUCAGCGGAAGGGGUUAUUCUGAAUACGAAAAUGUUCCUAUUGAGGGUAUUCGGGGCCUUGAGAUCGACCACAACAGAGCCCAUCACCUGCACGGAGCAACAGAUACGCUCUCCACACCACAGCUUACUGCCCGGAACCCUUACUUCCAGUCUGGUGCAUCAAGUGCAUCCGUUUACUCUCAAUCUUCAUCUGGCUCUCCAACCAAAGACACCUUUCGCCUACUAACGCGUGAAAUCUUGAACAAUCCACUGUUAAAGUCAGUAGAAAAUACAGGAAAACCUGUUUUGACGCUUGAACCGGAAAAGUUUAACCCAAUCUGCUCUAUGGAGGUGCCGAUCGUAUACGACAACCACUCUUCAUAUAAUAGUGCGGGCGAUUCCAACCCUUCUGGAGAAGGACGCGAAAUAAUGUGGCCGUUUGAGCCAGAGACAUCUGAAGCCACGCCAGGAAUUCCGCCAAAGGCAUUUUCAUACCCCGUUGAUACAAAUCAAUACAACAGACGCCUCCCUAUUUCCAAGUCAGAGGGGAGCAAUGUCAAGUCUCUUGAUGGCAAUACGAGCUAUGACGACAUGCCAUGUAGAGGAGAUCAUUAUUGCCCCGACUGGAAUCAUUCAGCAAAUGUGUUUCCCGGACGCCAGAAACAGCGAUCUGGGUCCCCGGAUAGAGGGCGUGGCAGAGGGAGGUCUUUGUCUCCCGUGAAGGUCCUUGAGGACCUUGACGAAAAUUCACCACUCGAGUUUCUGCCAAGUCCUAUGAAGAGGGCUCGAUCACCGCAUAAAAAACUGUUUGGAGAAAACGGUUGGUUGGGUCGUAGCCCUUCUUUGAAGGAAAGCUCUUCUGAAAAGAACAAAAGGCCUGGUUUUAAGUCGCUUGGUGAAAAGAUCAAACAGCGGGUUGAGGAUAUCACAGGGGAUGCUAAGAAAUCCAAGGAAAGGUUUCAAUCGACGUUCCCCAUUUCCCUGGACCCUCCAACCCAGGCAAAAUUAUACUCUGAGGUAGAGCUUAUGAUAUGCGUGACAGCCAACAAGUUCCUCCUCGACCAGCACAAGGAGGGUCGCAUAUCGGUGGAUUCAGUUACCAAAGUUACCAAUUUCUGGGCUUCAAAGAAUCGUCCGCAGGUCGUACAGUUUCAAUUCGACCAGCUCACCCAGCGUGAUCUCGUCAUCUACAACCUACGGACGUUCAAAUUUCAUGGCGAAUGUGCACAGAAUGUGGUUGCUCUCAAUGCGACCUUGCGCAAUUGGAAAGCGAUCGCCAAGGAGAUGAGUGUUCGUACCUUCUGCACUCCAGAUAGCGUCAUUAGAAAACAUAUGCAUGAUACACACAAGAUCUUGGAGAUGCUCGGGGCGCCGCUUGUCACAUUCCUCGCAUUUCAGGAACUUCAAGUCAACACGCUUUCGCUGAUGAAACGGGAGCAAGAGAAGAAGAUGCAAGGAAAGGGGCCGCAUGGGGUGACGAGGGAGUAUCACCCUCCCUCCCUAUCUCAGCGUGAAAACGAAGACAGAGGAAGGGUUCAUGGAGAACACCGAGAGUGAGGGCAUCUAAAAGAAAAAGUAAACAACGAGCAUUGCUUCAUCCGAAUGUAUAUUCGUUCUGCUUCUGUCUGCGGGUGUAUAUCUUGCACGGAGUUGGCAGGGCUUCGUUGAUGUGUUUGCUGGUUUUAAGCGCCUAAAUACUUCUUUCCUGUUGUUUCUGGCGAUCUGUAUGAACAUGAUUAUUUUUGUUUUCUCGUUUUCAAAGUGUUUGCGAC